GUCUUCCAUAUCUUGAGAGAGAAAGAAGGACCAUUUUCACCUCCCUCCACACAGCCACGCCUCGGACUAACUGCGCACCUGAGCCGCCGAGCAGAAGGUCAAAAUGAAGCGGACCUCGGUGUGUCUGCUGUCACAACCAGGUACAUAGAAGACGAAGAUAGACAUUGAGGUUCCGACUCAGAAACGUGAGGUUUUUGUUGCUCGAUAAAAACAGGCAGCAUGGAAGAGACACAAACUACAGAAGAUGGCACAGUGACACGAUCAGCAGAGUAUGUUGGGUCGUUUCUUGUGGAUGACUGCUGCUUGGAUGAUCAAAUAAAGCAGCUGCACACACAGCUGAAGUACUUAAAGGCUUGCAAGAAAAACAGGCCGGUAAUCUUAAAGUUCUCACUCAAAGGGGUGAAAAUCUAUGAUGAGGAUGAAAUGACCCUCCUAAUGGCUCAUGCUUUGCGAAGAGUUUCUCUGUCCACCGCCCGCCCAAUUGAUGCCCAGUUUGCCUUCGUCUCCCAUAACCCAGGCAGCACCUACGCCCAACUUUACUGCCAUGUCUUUAAGGCAAGACAUGCCCGAGGGGCCCAGUUCUUGAAUUUGCUGCUCUGCCGAUGUUUCCAAUUGUUUUAUUUGGAGAAACAUCCAGAAGAGGCACAAGAAAGCUCUACUGGGUCAUUGCCUCAGCGUAAUCCCUCGCUGCUCAACCACGGCUUCCCUCUUAGCGUCAGUGCCCUAGUUUCCUUUAGAAGAGCUCCUUUUCGAGGACUGUGGUUAAGCACAAAGAAAUCUAAGAAGUCGUCCAAAGACCUUCCUGACAGCCAAGAUGAUGUUUUUUCCUCCUCCUCUCCCUCACUGACGCGGAAGAAAGUCAUCCGGGCUAAAGGACUACAUUCUGGAGCUUACCGCUCCUUUACUUUCACACCACUCAAACAGCGCAGCGUUCACGAGCAACUAAGUUUGUCACAAGAAAAGUGUCAAGACAAAGUGCCAGUGAGGAGAUCCCGGACUCCAAGUUUAGCCGAAACGGAGGAAGCACUGGCUCAGGCUGUGUGGAGUUGGGCUGGUCUCGCAACUGACAGCAGUUACUCCCUCCUUGCGGAUGAUGUCAUGGGUUCAUACCUUCUGUGCCCUCAUCCUAAAAAACCUAAAAGUGGUUCCCUUAUCGUUCGCUUCCCCUCCGGCCUGACCACCCACCUUAUAGAAAACACUCGUAAAGGGAAGUUCAUGUUGGAGAAAUGCAAAAGAGAAUUUCAUUCCCUUGGUGAACUCAUUGAAUACUACUCGGUCACACCGGAUGAGCUCCCUUGUCAACUGUGCUGUGCACGUGUGAACCACUGUUAUGAGUGGGAAGAAAAUACCAACACACAACAAGCUGCAAAACCAUACAAAAACUCAACCAAAGGCAGAAUUAAAAGUUCUCACUAAAAGGGGAAGGCAAUCACCCUGAGAAAUUAGCUGCGGAGAUGAGAUGAUUCAAAAUGAGACAAUAUUUUUUUCUUUUGCACAUUGUUUUUUGUUGUUUUUUUUAGCAUUUUCACAUGGUAUAUUGGGAAUGUUUCACUCUCUAAAACACAGAGCUCCUAUCAUCAGUGUUUUUACAUGCCUGUAAGGCAUUUGAUGUUUAAAUGUUUUUAGACAUAACCCUUUUAAGUGUGGAUUUUAUGGCUGGGUCUUACUUACUCCCAAAUCUUUUAAAGAUGUUACCUCAAUACAUAAUCAUGUUUUACUCUGAUUUUCCUUAUCUUGUCUACAUAUUACUCUGUUUAAGAGAUUAUAAAUGAUGUUGCACUUUAUUUUCAGUCCCAUCAUAUUAUGUAUGUGCAGUUUAAUGUAACAAAGUUUAGAGCACAUUGAGAUUGUCUAUGUUUGUGGAAGAUUUCUAGUCCAUAAUCUCUGAUUAGUUAUUUCUAUGACCAGUCACCAUACAUUUUUAUUAUCUCCAUUUUACAAUAAAUAACGGACUCUCUUUUUAGUCCACGUCUCAGUACAA